AUUGGCAACACAACAUACACCAACGCCAUGACACUUUCUGUUAUCAAAUAUUGCUGGCUCGUUUAUGGCUAACUUCACACUCGUGUUAAUUAUAAUGUUAAAUAUUAGAUUUGUAUAAAUAAUUGUAUAAAAUUAUAUGUGCCAUGUGGUCUGUUCGAGUCUCCAAACAUUAUGUGCUUUGUCCAAUUGGCAGAUCGAUCUCGAUCCAGAGAGUCUUGAAUAAUGAAAGCAGUGUGGAGUAUCCUCCGAUACUCGACCUUAAACCUGGUCCUUCUAAAUUGCGUUUAGAAUUGGAAACUCAUGAAAAAAUACGUAACCUACAUACUAUUGAAGAAAAAACUAUUGGUAUCAAUAUGCCAAGGUAUUAUGGGUGGCAGUCUUUUGUUGUGAAAGAUAAAGUAAUUCCAUAUGAUUUUUUACCAUUUGCUCAAACCACUACCAAAACUAAGCUCAACUUAGUUGAAACUUUACCCAACUAUGUAUCAAAUGAAGUGAGUCAACAGCUUAUUGAUCGCAUCAAACCUCAUCUUGAAGAUUGCUUGGUAUUUGAACAUAAUAGGACUAGAAGUCGGGGUGUUAUGAAAAAUUACAAUAAUUUCAUUGAAUCACCAUCAACUAAUGAAGUAGCUAAAAGUAUAGUAGAACAAGUUAAUAGAAUAUUACUGGCAAACCUUUCAGCUGAAUAUCCUCAUUUAUUUGAAGCUCAAGUUGACUAUGAGCCUAGAAUAGAAGCAUUUUGGAAUGUACACGGUUUUGCAGCAACAAAAGAAGAUGAAGAAAUGAGAAAGAAAAAAAAUGAGCCUGAAGAAAAUCUAAAAGAUCCUGUUGACAGAUGGAUUCACUACUUUGGUCAACCAACAAUUCAGAUUCGUCAUAAACUACCACUCCCCAUUCUACCUACGAAUAAAUUGACAGUAGCUACUUCACAAUCUUCUGGCUCUGAUAAAUUUCAAGAAUAUGAUGUUCCGAAUUAUGACUAUGAUCCGAAAAUUUAUCUAAAAUUACCUUAUGAAAGGAGACAUGGUGUAUCUAUUCCCGGUUUUUGGCCUAAUGAUGAUCAUAAAUUUGGUUUGUUAUCUAUACACACUAAUGAAUAUUUAGAAAACAGACCACCAAACUUUGGUGAAGAAGAACAUCAAGAAGCUAUUCAUGCUCAAGCAAUAUUAGCAUCUUUUGCUUGGUUAGUUGGCCAGGCUCAUUACCAAGGUUUUACAGCUUGUAAUGAAAUUACAUAUCCUUUUGUUAAUCAAUCCAUUAUUACUAAUGGCAAGUUGUGGUCUUUUUAUGCUUACCAGUUGAAUACUAUGAGAUUUUUUAAGAGUCAAGAUGAAAUAAAUCGUCCAUUAGAACCUAAUAACAUUUGUUGGGCUACAAAAGCUACUGAACUGUAUCAUGACAUUAAAGACAAUCGAAUUGUUGGUUGGAAUGAUAAUGUAUUAAAAGAUAUGUUGAGUUGUUAUAUAAAUACUCCUCAAGCUCGCGACCAUGAGUUGAGUCCAUAUUUAGGAGAAGAAAACGUAAUAGCAAAUAUUGAUGACAACAAAAGAAGAGCAUGGUUACAUGAUCGACAUCAACGCUUAACAUCGCAUAGACCAAGACACCAUCUUGAACCUGAAAUUUAUGAUUGGGAGAGAAUUUAUAAAAUCAAAUUUGAAACCAGACAAUUUGAACCAAGGAGACGUUUCUUUGAACUUGACCAAGAUCCACUGAAUGAAAGAAGGUUAGAUGGACACUUAGGACAUUAUAUACCACGUAAAUUUAGGAAUGAAAAUUUGAGAACACGGAGAAAGAGAUUUGAAAACACAUAUUACCCAGAUGUUUAAAGUAGUCAUUAUUAAUAUGUAUCAUAAAGAUUAUCUGUACAAAUUAUUAAUUAAAGACUUAGUUUAAAAAUGUA